UGAGCCGGCAGGCGCAUGCGCGGGGUUCAGGCAUCCCGCCUCCUUCCAACGACGGCGCAGGCGCGGAUCAAGCCCUCACCGUGUGGCGGCCGGACCCUGGAGUUGUGGAGCGGGAGGUCCGGGGAUGAUGAGUGAAGACAGUAAGCCGUUCAACCCUGAGGAGGCCAGGACUAUCAUUGAGUCACUGCAGCAGCCUGCACUGUUUCUUAAUAUGGUUUCUGACUGGCCUGCGAUGAGGUGGACUGUCGAAUAUCUUUCACAGUUGCUUAAUGGAAAAAAAUUAACAUUCAGAAUUGGCAAAAGGAAGAUCAGUAAAGCUCCUCAAUUUGAAACACAAUGUGAGUACGUCCGUGCCACGCUGCAGGAGUUUUUAGUCUGGCUUCACGGUGAAACCAACUCCUCACCUGGACUUUUCAGCUCUUACCCUCUCUCCCAGUACUGGGCCUACGCAGACUACAAGUACAUUGCCAUGACGUUUGAAGAUAAAACCGAGCUUUUUCAGGAUGUAAUCUGGUCUGACUUUGGGUUCCCUGGGAGAGAUGGACGAGACAGCACUCUAUGGAUUGGUAGUGAAGCAGCAAACACUCCCUGUCACCUUGAUUCGUAUGGAUGCAAUCUGGUGUUACAAGUACAAGGAAGGAAAAGAUGGCAUCUGUUCCCUCCAGAGGACACUUCCUUCCUGUAUCCCACCAGAAUUCCUUAUGAAGAAUCUAGUGUAUUUAGCAGUGUGAAUGUGGUCAACCCUGAUUUGGAGCGCUUCGCUAGAUUUCGCAGAGCCAAGCCAUAUGUGGUGACCUUGUGUCCAGGAGAGGUCCUGUUUGUUCCCAGACACUGGUGGCACUAUGUGGAAUCCUUGGAUCCUGUCACCAUCAGCAUUAACUCCUGGAUUGAACUGGGUGAUGAUGACGAAGCCAGAGUUGGGGAGGCAUUGACUCGGACAGUGGUCUGUGCUCUGAAGUCUGCAGAUCCUGGUGCUGACACUGCCAGCUGGCUGAAUGCCACGGAGGCUGCAGUCACAUCGUAUGAAACAAACCUACACUACAUCAACCUUGCAGUUCAAGCCUGCUUAGAUAAGGCAAAGACCCAUCGCCCAAACUGCAUGAAGGGAAGAGGCCAGUCAGUGCAGCGCUCCUCUGGCCUUCCAAAGAAGAGAAAAGGCGAUUCAGAAGCAGCAGAAUCUACGGCCGCGGAUGGACCAAGGAAACUUGCAGAACCUAAAGCUGGCCUGACCACCAACAUCUGUUUUGGACCCAACCUGGUUCCUGUUCGGCAAGAAGCUGCUGCUUCAGCAAAGGACCGAGUAUCCAGCGUGUCUGGGGAUCAUUCUCCGGCCAACAGCUUGGAAGCUAAUCAGUGUAGCUUGGAUUGUGGUUCCAGACCUGCUGAUGAUGACAGGAGACUGAUAUCCACUGAUGAGUUACUAAACUGCUUGGUCCACCCUGAUGUGAUCCACUUAAUGACUGAGAUUCUGCUGGACAGGCAUUGUUCUCAUUAGUCUCACCAGCUCAUUAAUGUUACUUGUCACUUUUUGUUUUGGAAAUUCAUUAUUAAUAAGAAGUGUUUGUCUCAACAUAUCAGUGUUUUAAAAAUCAUAUGCAUAGUGUGCAAAUAAGAAAGUAAACUAUUUGGCCCCUUAAGCCUGCUCCAUUAUUCAGUAAAAUUGAGCCUGAUCUUCUACCUCCAUUCAAUUCUCAAUCCCCUUAUAAAGUCCACAAACGCAUCAGCCUCAGUUGUUAUUAAAGUUCUCAACUGCCUUUAAGAGUAGAGAAGAAAAGAGAUUUACAAUCCCUGGGUGAAGACUUAUUCCUCAUUUCAGCCCCAAUGGCCUGCUCCUUAUCAUGAGACACUAUUUCUCUGCGGAUGAUGCUUGGCUACAAACCUUAGCGUCUGUCGUCACAAUUUUUACUUGCAUUUCUCUGUCUUUGUUCACCACUAGAAAUUGCUGCGCCACUUACAUCGAUGUAUUUGUAGGUUCUGGCAGCCAGAUCUAGUCAGUGACCUGUUUUUACACCCAGUGUACACAUCAACAUCAUGCUUAUCAACUGCAGUAAUACACUAGAAUUUUGGGAGGAACUGUACUAUUUAAGUUCACACUUCCCAUGCUCAAUAGUUUUACAUUAGAAUUAGAGUCUAAAUUCACCUGUGAUCUGAGUUUAUUAAAUAUAAAACAGGGUAAGAUUUUGGAGACACAGGGGACUGCAGAUGCUGGAAUCUGGAGCAAAAAACAAACCGCUGGAGGAACUCAAGCAGGUGGAGCAGCAUUUGUGGGGGGUGGGGGGAGGAAUUGUUGACAUUUCAGGUUGAGACCCUGCGUCAGGACUGAGAGUGUAGAGGGAAGAUGGCCAGUGUAAGGAGGUGUGAGACAUGGGCUGGCUGGCAGGUGAUGGGCAGAUGGAGCUGAGGGGAGGGGGAUGGAGUUGGGAGGCAGGUGUGCCUCUGCCUUUGUCUCCACCUGCCUCUCUCUCCCAACUUCUCUCUUACCAUUACUAUUCAUUCUUCUGCCCCCUUCCAUCGAGCAGAAGAUACAAAAGCUUGAAAACGGUAGUGUUGGGCAGGCAUGGUGGUGUAGUGGUUAGCAUAACGCUAUUAUAGCGCCAGUGACCCGGGUUCAAUUCCCACUGCUGUCUGUAAGGAGUUUGUAUGUUCUCUCCGUGUCUGCGUGGGUUUCCUCUGGGUGCUCCAGUUUCCUCCGGGUGCUCCAGUUUCCUCCCACAUUCCAAAGACGUACGGGUUAGGAAGUUGUGGGCAUGCCAUGUUGGUGCCGGAAGCGUGGCGACACUUGGGGGCUGCCCCCAGAGCACUCUAUGCAAAAGGUGUAUUUCAUUGUUUCAAUGUACAUGUGACUAAUAAAGAAAUGUUAUAAAAAAUACACACACCACCAGGCUCAAGAACAGCUUCCAUCCAACUGUUAUAAGACACUUGAAUGGACCCCUUGUACGAUAAAGAUGAACUCUUGACCUCACAAUCUAUCUCAUCAUGGCCCUUGCACCUUAUUGUCUACCUGUACUGCACUUCCUCUGUAACUGUAACGCUAUAUUCUGCAUUCUAUUAUUGCUUUUCCUUUUGUACUAACUCAAAGUACUUAUGUUUUGAAAUGAUCUGUAUGGAUGGCAUGCAAAACAAAGUUUUCACCGUAUCUCGGUACAUGUAACAAUAAUUUACCAAUUACCAACUUCACCCCUCCCUCUCCUCCACCUGGCUACCCACCUACCCAUCAUUCUUCUCCCCUCCUCGAUCCACCUAUCACAUACUGAUCCCCAUCUCACCCUUCCCCCUCUCCUCUUUACCAGCUAUCUUCCCUCUACACUCUCAGCCCGAAUGCAGGGUCUCGACUUGUGUCAACAAUUCCUUUCCCCCAACAGAUGCUGUUAGACUGACUGACUUCCUCCAGCCAUUUGUCUUUGUGUAAAAUUUUGUACUUUGAGCAGGUCUUUGCUGUGACAGUCUCAUUACCAGAUGCUUGAGCAUCUUGAAUCCAAUUAUGAUUGUUUAAAAUAUAUACUUGUUAAUGGGCUGGGUGUCUGGUCACCCUGUCGGAAGGAGCAAGCUGGAAGUGGCAACUAGGCCUCAGCUGGUGAAUCCUGAGGCCCUGCCCUGUAAACCUGUAAACUCACCUUUGUCAAAGGAAUUUAAACUAUUUUAAAUGACAAUUAAGUACCUUUCAGAUAAGUUUUGAAUAGUUUUUCAUUUAAAAAAACAAUGCUGAAAGUUAA